AUGCCGAACCCAGAAACACCGGGAGGGGCCGUCGGGGGGGGGGAACCCGCGCCGGGGGCCGCGUGUGGGCCUCUUGUGUGCCCAGCGGAGCCCGCAAGGCCGCCUGAGAGGCGCAACCACGAGGACACAGUGAUUGUCAGGCGCGACCCGACGCCGGGAGGGCGCAGAACAUGGCGGAGUGGCCAUGAGGGCGCGGGGCCGGGGUCGGCGCUCCCUCCCGCGCGUGCAGUCAGAGGCGCGCCGGGGAGAGCGCCGCGGCGCCCAGGCCGACUGAGGGCUGGGGCCGGCGCGCGGCCGGGGCCCGCCACCCUUUCGCAGCGGCGAAGUCGGGACAGCGAGUCAGUCGUGCUGCCCGCCGUUGGGCCUGUCCUCGCGGCCUCGGCCUGCCGGAACGCCCUGCUUCUCGCCGAUAGUAUGGUCGGGUCCUCCAGGGCGCUGCUGGCCGGGCCGGAGCGCGGCGCGGGGUCCGAAGCCCAGGACGUUAGCCCGUCCGGGGGCGUCCCGCCCCUCAGAGCAGUACACUGCAGUUCCCUGAGGUCCAGCAACUUGGAGCAGAUCUUUGACCACGUGGGGCACUUUGGCAGAUUCCAGGUAGUACUCUAUUUUGUGUGUGCCUUCCAGAACAUCUCUUGUGGAAUCCACUACUUGGCUUCUGUGUUCCUGACAGUGAGCCCCCAGCAUACCUGCAAACCCCCAGGGAACGUGAGUCAAGUUCUUUUCCACAAUAUCUCUAACAGGAGGUUUGACGACGUCUGGAUGCUGUUUUCUACAGGUGGAGAAGACCACAUUACCGUGCAGCUCCAGAACGGUGAGGUCUGGGAGCUCUCGCACUGUCAAAGGCUCCGAAGGGAAGACAAGAAGUUGAGUUUGAACUAUGAUUAUCAUGGAAUUAAGAGUAGGUUUUCUUGCACAGACGGUUACUUCUAUGACAAGACUGAGUGGGAUAGCACUGUGGUGACCCAGUGGGAUCUGGUCUGUAACCAAGAAUGGUUUGCAAGGAUUAUCCAACCUGUAUUUAUGCUUGGAGUCCUGCUAGGAGGGGUGAUUUUCGGCGACCUUUCUGACAGGAUAGGAAGAAGACUUGUCCUGUGGUUCACAAGCGUUGGCAUAUUUUUGUUUAGCACAUCAGCUGCAUUAACAUUUGAUUAUUACAGCUUCCUGAUCACAUACUUUUUUCUUGCUAUAGUUGCAAGUGGCUAUCUUGUGGUGAUGUUUGUCUAUGUGAUGGAAUUUAUUGGCAGGGAGUCUCGGACAUGGGCCGCCAUCCAAGUACACUCCUUUUUUGCGAUUGGAACCAUGAUUGUGGCUUUGGUGGGCUACUUGACCAGUAACUGGAGGAUAUAUCAAUUGGUGCUGUCCACAGUGUCUGUCCCCUUUAUCAUGUGCUGCUGGAUGCUCCCAGAGACACCUUUUUGGCUUCUGUCAGAGGGAAGAUAUGAAGAGGCACAAAAAGUAGUUGACAAGAUGACCAAGUGGAAUAGGAGAACCUCCUGUAAACUGUCAGAGCUUUUACUCCUGGAUCUCAGUGGUCCUGUUGGGAAUAAAUCUUCUAGAGCUGAGAAGCACAAACUGUUUGAUCUCUUUUACGACUGGAAUAUUGGAAUAAGGACGCUUAUUGUUUGGCUGAUUUGGCUCACAGGGUGUUUGGGAUUCUACAUCUUCUCUUGGAAUUCUGUUAACUUAGGAGGCAAUGUAUAUUUAAAUCUCUUCCUCAUGGGCAUAGUGGAAAUUCCUGCCUAUCUUUUUGUGUGUGUGGGAAUGGACAGUUUUGGGAGAAGAAACAUUCUGAUCUUCCUCCUUAUCUCAAGUGCACUGAUCUGUGGCGUGAUUAUCAUAAUUCCCACGAAUCACUAUAUUUGGACUGUGCUGGUAACUAUGGCUGUGAAGUUCACCAUAGGGGCAUCCUUUGGUCUCAUUUACCUUUAUACAGCAGAGCUGUAUCCAACAGUCAUAAGGUCUCUGGCGGUGGGAAGUGGCAGCAUGGUGAGCCGCGUGGGGAGCAUCAUCGCCCCGUUCUGUGUGUACCUCUCCAGCGUUUGGGUCUUCAUGCCACAGUUGAUUGUUGGAAUUUUGGCCUUAGUGAGUGGACUGCUAGCAGUAAAGCUUCCCGAAACCCUCGGAAAGCCUCUUACAACUACGUGGGAGGAGGCCGUCAACCUGCAUGAAAGAAAAGAUACCAGUUCAAGCAAAUUGUUUCCCAUAUCCAACAAUACUGAGUUGGAAAAAAUAGAAGCGAUUAAUUCACGGGGCCCUGGCCUUCGUGAAUAG